AAACUUCAGUGGUGAAGACAAUUCCGGACGUCAAUAUUUCUCCAGUCGCCGGUCCUAAGCGUUCAGAGCUAUCAGUGGAAGCAGUGUCGGUGCAAGCGGGAUCUCCCGAGAUGAAGAAGAAAGUCAUUACGUUCGCGGUGAACCAGCAACGCCCAAUGGUAGUCCAGAAUGCUUCGGAAGCUAAAGCUCACCAACCGAGAGCUCCAGUCAAGUGUCCGGAAAAUAAGCCGCAAAAGUCACGGCAACGUCCCAGGACCAGAAGGUCGAGCUCGUUUCGGACGCCAGUUUCACAACCCAAACUGGACACGGCUUCAGCGAAACAGUUCAUCGAGAAGCAAGUUGCGGUGCCACUGCCACCCUGCUACUUUUGCGGUGGAAAGCAUACGCUGUGUCGGUGCAGCGACUUUUUCUUUCUGCGGCUUGCGGAACGCGAGGACUUUGUCCAGCAGAUGAAGCUGUGCGUCAACUGUUUCAGUCAGCGACACAACGCCUCCAGCUGCCGAGACAAACCUCGCUGUUUGCGGUGUCCGCAGUGGCAUCACACGCUGCUGCAUCGAAAUGUGUAGUGGAAUCUCAGUGGUAACAAUGCAAGUGGAGUAUUGUGAACCUUGUCAAAGCUUGUUGCGACACAGGCUGGUGUACACGCUAACAACAAACUACACAACUUUGUGCGAUGAGAAACCUGCGCAACAGUCU